CAUGGAGUGGAACCAGGCUCAAUUUAAUUUAACGGCUAUUGGAUUUUGACUGCAACAGAGUUUAAAUAGUGUUUAGCAAUCACUUUCUGUCAUUUAGGGUUUUUACGAGGAUUUGAAGAGCUUCGGUGGUGCGCGGGUGUGCUGGAUCUGUGUGAGAGGCGAUCGAAAAACUAUGAUCGUGAAUUCAAAUUUUUUGCUGUCAACGAUUUUGUUGAUAUUUUAUUGGGGAUCGGUGCUUCCUUUUGAUCAAAGAAACAAUGCUAUGACAGAAGAAGUCAUCUCUGCUUUAGACAGAGUCCUCGACUUUUAUGAACGAGACUACAAGAGUAUCAAUUUGGAUGGAAUCUUCGGCCUUCGAGUCGCGCAAGGAGCUCUCCUCUCAAUUAUUAAGGAUGUGCAAGACGGCCAACUAAGAGUUGAGGACAAUGUGCUGAAUCGGGUGAAAGAACUUUACAAUAAAGCAUCUCAAAUUGCUGGCCAUGCUCUGCCAUAUUUGCAACGCGCAGCACCCGAAUACUUUGAGAAAUUUAGGAAACAAGUUGCUGAUCCAUGGUUGAACUUUAAACCAUUCACUGGCAAAGAGCUGAUUAAAAAGGAGUAUAAUCCAGAGAUUAAAAGAACUGCAAUUGACUUUGAUGAGAGUACCAGUGAUGAGUGUAUGAGUGGAUUGACUGGCACUGGAUCUGAUGGUAAUCAACCAUGUCAUAUCUCUGACAAAUGUUGGGAUCUGAUAAGUGCAGAAGGAACACAUGGCUAUGCCUUAACACAUCAAGCUCUGUUUUUUCAGCUAGGGGAAAUUCAAGGUUGUACACCAGUAUUACUAAAACGUCUGGAACAAUCCAACAUAAAAGGAGGGCUAGAGGGAAUUUACAAUCGAAUCUGUUCUGACAUGUACCCUGAGAUGUUGGCAAUAGAGCAGAAAAGAACAUUGGAUGAGAAUAAUUAUCAUAGGGACUUGUUCAUGGAGCAAGCCAUGGUGUGCAGUUCCAUGGGUUAUGGUGACUUUCUGUCUGCUGAACGGCUCAAGAAGAUUCUGAGUUGGCAGAGGGGAGAUGGGUGUUUUGGUCAGAUGACAAAUGGAAAAGAUGAGGAUGAAACUAAACAGUUUUCAGAUGUUGAAUUAAAUCAACAAACAAAUUCCCAAAGUGACUUUGAGGGGUAUACUGACAUGAAUGGUGGUUCAGAGAGGAGUAAUCUAUCUCCAUUUGGGAAUUUCAAGAAGAGUCUUGAGUAUGAGUACUCACAGUUGCGAAGAAAACCUUUAAGUAUGAGGACAAUGCGGUCAUUGUUGGUAGAGAAGGAACUUCAAGAUGGGUGUUUUUCACAUGUCACUGGUGUUGCUGUAGGCUUAUUGGGAGUGUACUUGCGCUGGCUGUUGUACUCUCAACAAAAACCAUUCCAGAGUAAUGUUGUUUUGGAGACUAAAGGAUCAUUUAAAAAUUCUUUUCCAAGCAAAAACAGAGAGGUGUACAUCAAUGAUAACUUAGUUGAUGUUAUUGCACUGAAAGAGGAGCAAUUGCAAAAGCGUCAAAAAAUGAAACAGGAUCAUAAGCAAUCUGCCCAUCUCGUGCAAAGACGUAAGGCUGCUAUGCUAGAUAAAAAUGAAUUACACUUUGUGCAGAACAUGGAUGAGAGGGUAGGAACUGGUUUUUUAAAUGGGAGAAUGUUUGUAUUUGGGGGUAUUUUGUUUAUUGUAGCACUAAUACUAGUCAAGGGUGUCAAAAAGAUGCCAAAUGUGCUCAAAGUCUUUUCACAUAUUCCAAAGAAAAGUGCACAUGUUAUUUAAGUUCUAGAAUAUGCAGAAAUUACUGUGAACUAAUUUCACAUGCAACAUGUAAGCAGUUAGUAGUGAGAUAUUUUGAAUGUGAACCAUUUCCUUCUUUAUGGCAAGCACCCUUAAGGACAGGACUUGUCAAAAUGUUACAAAAGUUGAAAACUUUCAACGUUAUGUUCACAAUUGCUCCCAAAGAGGUGGGUGUCCACUUUGAGUAUUAAGAGAAAAAAAAAUUGAAUGUUCUCAUAGUUUUCUCCAUCAUCCACUUGGCUAAAGUAGAUUACACUGUACAUGCAAAGUACAAACAGGCCAUAUUAUUACUACCAUGCUGUUAAAAAUAUGACAAUCUCAUUGAAGUGCAACUUUCUUACGCCCCAAAUGAAUUAAAAAUCCAGUUAUUAUAUGCC